AUGUCGAACAGCAUGUCGGUGUGGGACUACUUGGUGUUCUUGGGCAUGCUGCUCAUCUCGGCCGCCCUGGGCAUCUACUACGCCUUGGUGGACGGCGGCCAGAGCACGGCGACCGACUUCCUCAUGGCCGGGCGCCAGCUGUCGGCGGCGCCCGUGGCCCUGUCGCUCACGGCCAGCUUCAUGUCGGCCAUCACCGUGCUGGGCACGCCGGCCGAGGUGUACCGCUUCGGGGCCAUAUUCCUGCUCUUCGGCAUCACCUACGUCCUGGUGGUCGUCAUCACCUCGGAGAUCUACAUGCCCGUCUUCUACCGGCUCGGGCUCACCAGCACCUAUGAGUACUUAGAACUUCGAUUUAAUAAACAAGUUCGCCUCCUUGGAACAGUUCUCUUUAUUGUUCAGACGAUCCUAUACACUGGAAUUGUUAUUUAUGCUCCUGCUCUUGCUUUGAGUCAAGUCACAGGAUUUGAACUCUGGGGUGCAGUAGUUACAACAGGGGUUGUCUGUACUUUCUACUGCUCAUUGGGAGGUCUCAGAGCUGUUGUAUGGACAGAUGUUAUUCAGGCUUUCAUUAUGGUGGCAGGAUUUUCUUCCAUUAUCAUACAGACUUCAAAUCUUCAAGGUGGACUUAAAACUAUAAUAAGACAUGCAAAAGAAGGAGGAAGAUUAAGACUUUGGGACUUUAAUCCUAGUCCUUUGCAGAGACAUACUUUUUGGACAAUUACUAUAGGUGGGACCUUCACAUGGACUAGCAUUUAUGGUGUCAACCAGUCCCAAGUACAGAGAUACCUAGCCUGUAAAACCAGGUUCCAGGCAAAACUAGCACUUUAUUUAAAUCUUUUGGGACUCUGGAUAAUUCUUACCUGUGCAGUUUUCUGUGGCUUGUCAUUAUACUCAGUGUAUCGUAACUGUGAUCCUUGGACAUCACACAAAAUUUCAGCACCAGAUCAGCUCAUGCCUUAUCUAGCAGUGGAGAUUCUAAGUGAUCAUCCAGGACUUCCAGGACUUUUUGUGGCAUGUGCUUAUAGUGGAACAUUGAGCACCGUAUCCUCCAGUAUCAAUGCUUUAGCUGCUGUAACUGUAGAAGAUCUCAUCAAACCUCAUUUAAAUUCACCUUCCCAAAAGACUCUUUCUUUAUUUUCCAAAGGAACAAGUCUGUUCUAUGGAAUACUUUGCAUUGGGAUGGCUGCUUUGGCAUCAUUGAUGGGAAGUCUAUUACAGGCAGCACUCAGCAUAUUUGGCAUGAUUGGAGGGCCUCUCUUGGGCUUGUUUACUCUGGGAAUUUUAAACCCUUUUGCCAAUUCACUUGGUUCAUUUAUCGGUCUUAUUUCUGGAUUCUCCUUUUCAAUGUGGAUUGGUGUUGGGGCUCACUUUUAUCCUCCACCUCCUGAGAGAAUGUUACCAUUACCCCUUUCAGUUGCAAACUGUACUGUAACUAGAAGCACGCAUCUGGAUUGGAUUAGGUUCCCAGAACAACUAUUUUUAAUGCCAUGGAGAAGUAAUGAUUUUAAAAGAACUCCUGUAAUGGAUAACCUAUAUUCCCUUUCUUAUCUAUACCUCAGUGCUUUGGGGACAUUGACAACAGUAUUUGUGGGAACAAUUUUCAGCCUUCUAACAGGUGGAAAAGAGCAGCAUGUAGACAGCAAAUACAUGCUAAAUGUUAAAGAAGACAUGACACUUGGUAAUUUUAAAAAAAUUUGA